ACUAACCGGCGCCAUAGACGAACGCCACGUAUUUUGCUAUGUGCUAAUCGUGUCGCCGCGUACCGGCGAGUGCGUAACAUAUAGGAGCGUUUAUCGCGACGAUUCGUCCCAGCGGGGACAGAGAAUUCGUUACGUUACUCACGUUCAACGCCGCUGUCGGUGUCUCGGGCCUCGUCGACGAUGUCUCGCGUUCACGCGGGUGCGUUAAUCUGCGCCCUCGCGCUCUGCCUGGCCGGGUACAGCAGCUGCACCGCGGCCGACCUUGUGGAUCCGGAGCUGGUUGUCAGGAACGUCGAGCGGCACAUCGACCUGCAGUCCCAGCUGACCAAGAUCACAACCCGAGUGGUGCUGGACAACAGCGGCAAGGACCGCGGCGUCCCGCACUUCCUCUUCUGCCUGGACGACGCCCAGAGCAAGUCCAUCAGUUAUGUAGCGGCGCGCGUGGAGCCCGGUAAGGGGGACCUGAAGGUGAAGGAGACCAAGGUGCCGGCGCAUCGCGACAGGGUCUUCUACUCGGUCGACCUCGGCAACCAUCUGGCGGCCCGUCGCACUCUCACCGUCGAGCUGGAGACGGUGUUCACGCACGAGCUGGUGCCGCAUCCCAAGCAGAUCACCCAGCAGGAGAAGCAGCUCGUCAAGUACACGGGCAACGUGUACGCCUGCCUGCCGUACACCGUCAACAAGCAGACCACGUACGUGGCGUUGCCCACGCGCAAUCUCGAGAGCUACACCAAGGUCAAGCCGGUCUCCCAGACCGGCACGAUGCUGGCUUACGGACCGUACGAGACGCAGCCGCCGUUCGCCCACGAGGAGAUGGUCGUGCACUUCGAGAACAACAACAAGUUCCUCACGGUGACGAGGCUCGAGAGGAUCCUCGAGAUCUCGCACUGGGGCAACAUAGCCAUCGAGGAGCACAUCGAUCUCUUGCAUACCGGGGCGUUGCUGAAGGGCUCCUUCUCGCGUUACGAGUAUGCUCGGGAAUCCAAGUCCGGGCAGGCCAGCAUCCAGAGCUUCGACACCGUCCUGCCGGCGGCCGCGUCUGACAUUUAUUACAGAGACGAGAUCGGUAAUAUCUCCACGUCGCACACCCGCGUCAAGAAGGACUCGGUGGAGCUGAAUCUGCGCCCGAGGUUCCCGUUGUUCGGCGGCUGGAAGACCCGUUACACGAUCGGCUACAACGUACCCAGCUACGAGUACCUCUUCAACUCCGGGGACGAGUUCGCCCUGGAGAUGAGACUGCUGGAUCACGUGUUCGACGACAUGGUCGUCGACGAGAUGGUCCUGAAGAUCAUACUGCCGGAGGGCGCGCGGAACAUGAAGCUGGAGCUGCCGUAUCCCGUGACCCGCCUGCCGGACUCCCUGCACUACACGUACCUGGACGUCACCGGGCGUCCCGUGAUAUCCGUGACCAAGAACAAUCUGGUGGAGAAUCAUAUCCUGAGCUUCAGGCUGCGCUACACGUUCCCGCGUCUGCUGAUGCUGCAGGAGCCGCUGAUGAUCGUGCUGGCGCUCUGGCUGAUGUUCCUGGCGGUCAUAGUGUACGUGAGAUGCGACUUCUCCAUAGACAAGGACGAGGCGUCGGAGAGCAAGCUGAGGAUCGCCGGGCAGUGCGAGAAGAUACUCGCGGCGCAGGACCGCCGGAACGCGACCUACUACAAUCUCGAGGAGCAGCUGUCGUCCCUGAAGGUGUCCAAGGACACGAACGGUUUCCUGUCCGCGAUAAAGGGCAUCAAUCAGGAGUACAAGGCGGUGAACAACACGUUCAACGAGAUCGCGCAGAAGAUAAAGGGCGAGUCCAGCGACGUGUACGAUCGCAUACAGGAGCUGCAGAAGUGCGAUCGUUACCUGAAGGAGGUCUACAGCCAGUUGCAGGCGUUGUACUUGGAGAAGCUGAUCCCGGGCAAGAUCAGCCGGCAGCAGUUUAUCGACACGGAGACGAGCAUCACCAGAAAGAAGGAGGACUGGAUCGAGAAGAUCAACACGAUCGUCAAGUCGCUCCGGUAAUCCGUGUACCGCGAACGAAUCUUCGAAAGGACUUCGAGAGCAACGACGAGGGGCGGGGGGUGCAUUUGCAAUACAGUAACGACCUCGCAUCU